AUGUUUGACCAACUCUUCUCGAGGAGGAACUCUGAGGUCGAGCACGCUUCCCCAACACGCGAGAGCGGGACUCCCGUGUCACCCCAUAUGCCCAUAAGUCAGUGCAUUGCUGGAGAAGUAGCAGGGAUUGGUAUUUCGAUUGGGUAUUGCGAUUCCCCCCCUCUUCCCGUCAUUUCAGUCGAGUCAAUUGUGGCUGCUAAACCCUGGUAUGAGGAUUUUCCGGACUACAGUUUAAUUUCCGUGGGACCCAGAGAUGGAAACGAAGAGGAGCCCCCAUCCACCGGACACACCCGGGGUUGGAAUGCCAGCGGCUUUAUCGCUGCCAUCUGUGGCAUAGGCAUUGCCCUCUCCUUCUGGACCCCAAGGAACCUGUGGGUGAUCAUGGGUGGCUUUGGCCUGAGGCGGGAAAAGAGACAGCACAAGUCGCGGGAACAGGUUCGUGUCCAGGCUAGGGAAGGCGUCUAUGUCCAUGAGCGUAUCGGCACAAAGUCGGGGGGGAAGGGUAAGCAACGGGCCAUCGAGACUUCUGAAUCCGAGGGCGAGUCCUCCGCCACCUUGGGGGAGUCGACCCCGCUGCUUGCCAGCCCACCCGUCCCCCCUUAUAAUAGGAUCGAAGAGUACGAUUCGGGCGAGGAGCCCGAACACACUUUUAAUCGUGUCGAUUCCGAGUCAGCCGAAAACUUGCUUACCACCAUCGAAGAGGACAUUGAGCCCCGAUCGUUGCCGAGGAACUUGGGCUUCCAGCUUCCCGAACGCAAGUUGCAGACCGAGCAGCCCAUCCUCGAAGGCCCUGAGGCCGCCGAGGUGGCUACCCCGGAUUCCGAGGGUCAAUGUCCCUUCCACGUUCGCAAGAACAGCCUCCAGAUCCAGCCUCUCCCGGCGUCGAUCGUCAUUCCCACCGAGAAGCCGGCUUCCAUCAGAAGGCCCAGAUCUCAGGAGUCUAUCGCUGGCUCACCGCCGAAAGAUUCGCCAGCUUCAUCCUACCGAUCUCGCUCGCUUCCUCGUGCUUUUGCCAUGCGUGAUUCGGCGAGGAGGCUGGGGGAGGAGGUGGAAGCGGAAGAGAAGGAGAAGAAGGUUGAGGAGCCACAAGCAAUGGAGCCCGAAGGUGACAAAGCUACUCCCGAGCCUAUCCAAGCCGAGGAGCCCAAGAAGGUGGAGAAGAAGGAAGAUAAGGAGGAGACUCCAGUCUUCAAUCUUAUCCCCGCUACUCCUGCCACCAUUCCCCAGGAGGUUCGCGAUGCUGCCGAGGCUUCCAUGAAGGAGACUCGAGAUGACGAGGCUACCACCGAAGAGGACAGAAAGGACUAUCGCAAGACCUUGAGCGAUAGCGCCAGCAUUAGAAGCAAGAAGCACUCGAGGGCCAAUUCCCUCUCCGAUUUAAAAGAGGAGCUUGAGCCUGCCGCACCUGCUAGGGGUAACAGUGGUUCUUUGACUGUUGAUUACAAGGGCAAGCAACCCGCCACUUCCGACGAGGACGAUAUCUCGAUUGUAGACCACCCCGUCUCCGCUAGCCCCGACCAACUUUCCAUCAACGAGGAGGCGAAGAAGGCCGAGGAGCCCAAGCCAGCCCCCGUUGCUGACUCCCCAUCCCACGGACCCCCGCCAUCCCGCGGCGGAAGCUUUAUGGAUGACGGCAAGUCUAUCAGCUCGCAAGACCCCAAGUCCAGCCCCAGCCGCAAGGGAUCCUUCCGCCGCAUGGUUUCCGCCGGCCUUCCAACCCGCAAGCCAUCCAACGAUGCGAUGAAGAGGGAGGGCUCCCUCAGGAGGUCGCUUACUUCGGUAAUGCCAGGUGGAAAGUCGAAGAAGAGGGACAAGUCGGCACCUCCGUCAUCGGCAUCUUCACAGAUCCUCAAGCUAGGUGAGCCAACGCCCCCACCUACUCCCCCGGAGACUAGGACGUCGAGAGACGAGGCAGAAGCAAUUAGACCGUCUUCCCGCCGCUCAGAGAGAUCAAUUACACGAUCCAUGAGCUGGAACAAUGCCAUCUCAAAACUGUCCUCGGGCGAUAAGAGGCGAAACAUGGUUGCUAAGCAGGCUUCAGACACUGAGGCAUCUGCGGGUUCCAAGUCGACUACCGAUGUACGCGAGGCUGUCAAGCCGUCCAACGGAUCCAUCAAUACCGCCUCCCCGGUAAAGCCCGACGAGACCCCCGGCGUAUCUCCGGUUGCCGGUCCUUCAACCGACGACGCGCAAAGCACGAAGGAGGAGGAGAAGCUGAAGCCGCCCUCCCGCCGGACGAGCUGGUGGGGCCUUUCAAAGGAAUUGAAGAGGAAGAAUAGCAUUGCGAAGUCGGAUAAGGGUGAGGAAGUUGUCACUAGACCCGCUACCGCUACUUCUACUGCUGCCCCCGCAGUAGCACCCGCUACCCCCGAAAGAAACGGGAAGGAAGUUGAGCGGCCAGCUGAUGUUACCACUGACGCCACUCCCUCUCCCGCUCCCGCCGCCGUCUCCACCGAGGGGGUUGCCAAGUCCGACACCCCGGUUACCGCUACCGUUGAACCCACCACUGCCGAAACCCCCGUCGCUGAGGCCCCUGCAGCAGCUGCCCCCUCCCCCCCGAAACCAAUGCUCAGAGAACGAGUAAAGUCAGUA